GUCCCUCGGAAACAGUGGAUCACUGAUCCACGGAAAGAGCCGAAGAUGUCGGCUUGGUCAUGUGAUCAGCUGUGUCCAAUCACAGCUGAUCACAUGAGAACCAGUAAUCGGCAUUCCUCGGAGGGGACAUCAGUGCCACCUGUCAGUGUCCAUCAGUGCCAGCACUCAUUGCUCAUCCAUGCCACCUGCCAGUGCCACAUCAGUGCCACAUUUCAGUGCCCAUCAGUGCCACAUCAAUGCCACAUAUCAGUGCCCAUCUGAGCUGCCUUUUAGUGUCACCCAUCAGUGCCACCUAUCAAUGCCAGUCAGUGCCACCUAUCAGUGCUGCCAAUCAGUGCCACCUAACAGUGCCAGUCAGUGCCGCCUAUCAGUGUGCAUCAGUGCUGCCUAUCAGUGCCUGUCAGUGCUGCCUAUCAGUGCCACCUAAAAGUGCCAGUCAGUGCCACCUAACAGUGCCAGUCAGUGCCACCUAACAGUGCCAGUCAGUGCCGCCUAUCAGUGCCACCUAUCAGUGCUGCCUAUCAGUGCCAUAUAUGAGUGCUGCCUUUCAGUGCCCAUCAGUGAUGCCUGUCAAUGCCCAUCAGUGCCACCUACCAGUGC